AUGUCCAAAAAGAGUAGAAAGCAAAGAGAACGCAAGAGAAAAACUCAAAAAGAGGAAGAAAAAGCACAGCCCAAAAAGUAUAAACCAGAGGAGUUAAAAGAAAAAGAGAACAAUAGACAUGUCAGAAAUGACUCUCUUAAUUAUCUCGUUCUCUGGAAAGAAAAUCAUGAAGUCUGGAAGUUUAAGAAAUCUAGAUAGGUCUUCUUGUUUAAAAACAUGUAUAACGUUGAGAAAGUACCGACUAAGCAUUUUAAGAUCUUAAAGAAAUAUAUCAAGGCUAUGCAAGGUCAAUAAAAAGAGAAAAUAUUGGAAGAAGCACUAGCAAUUAUCGAAAAACCUCAAGAAAAGAUAGUAUUCGAUGACAUUGAAAAGAGUUAAAUAGAUUAAUGCGAUACUAGUGUUGAAAAACAAAAGAUGUAAGAGCAAUUGUUACAGAGUAAGCUCAAGAGAGCUGAGAAAAUAGCAAAAUGCCUCUCUAAAGAGUGA